AACGGCGGUGGUUGCGGCCGUCGACGCUCCCGCCGCCGCCGCCAGAGCGAGCUCCCGUCUGCGCCGCGCGCUGUUGGAGUGGCGCGCCGCUUCGAAGAGGAGCCGACACGCUUCGCGCCAUGGCGCCGUCGCGGGCUACGCUCCGAGUUCGGCCCCCGCCGGCGGGUUUCGCCGAUGCGGCGACUGUGGUGACCGCGGUGCUCGUGGUGGCCUGUGCGUUGAGCGCGAGGCCCGCGCUCGUCAGCGGAUACCUGCAGGACGACGAGACACCAGAGGAAGUAUUUGGCCUGGCGGGUGGCGAGGUAUCCCUUCCCUGUGGCAGCUCGCAGUUCCCAGGCCUAGCUGCGGACGACGAGCCCAUCCUGGUGUUGUGGUUCCGUGAGGGAUCGGCCACGCCCAUCCUCAGUGCCGAUGCGCGUCGCGGUGGCGGACUUGCCAACGCCAAGGUGUGGAAGGACGACGCGUGGGAGGCCCGCUUCACGCUCCGUCCCGUGGGCCUGGUGCUUCCCUCGGUGCGGGCCGACCAGCAAGGGGUGUACGUGUGCCGCGUCGACUUCCGCCAGGCGCAGACGCUCAACCGGCUGGUGCGCCUCACGGUGAUCGUGCCGCCCCGCGUCGUCAUCAUCCGCGACAGCCGGGGACGGCCGCUCAACGGAAGCGUCACCGCCAUCGACGGCCAGUCGCUGUCGCUGCUCUGCACGGCGCCCGGAGGUCGUCCUCCGGCUACACUGUCCUGGUGGCGUGAAAGCCACCGCCUGGAAGACGUGCUCGUCCCGGGCGGCGACGGCACCGGCGACGCGGCCAGCCAACUCGCCGUGGGGCCCCUCGGCCGCCGAGACCUGCACGCGCAGCUCGUCUGCCGAGCCUCGAACAACAACAUCUCCGAGCCGCUCAGCGCAUCGGUCGUCAUUGACCUCAUAUUGGGUCCCACCAGCGUGUCCAUUGUGGGCGGGACGCACUCGCUGGAAGCCGGUCGGCCCGGUCAGCUGCGCUGCGUGUCCUCCGGUUCGAGGCCUCCCGCGCAGAUCUCAUGGUGGAAGGGGAGCCAGCGAUUGCCCGCCACCACGACCACCACCGAGGCCGGCGGUGCCAUCGACGGGCCGGCUUCCAGCAGCACGCUGACGCUAACCCCUUCGGUGGAAGACGACGGCCGACAGAUCACGUGCCGGGCGUUCAACGAGCGCCUGCCGCAAGCCACCGUCGAGGACGUCGCCACCAUUCGGGUCCUCUAUAAGCCGCAGCUGGUGGUGAGGCUGGGCAACCGUCUUCGCCAGAGCAGCAUCCUCGAGAACCACGACGUGUACCUCGAGUGCAGCGUGGCCGCCAACCCGGCCGUAAGCGAGAUCAGCUGGCUGUUCGAAGGCCGAGACCUGCAGACCAACACGUCCGCAGGCAUCAUCAUCAGCAACCGCUCACUCGUCCUGCAGAAGGUGGGUCGCAGAGCCCGCGGCCACUACCACUGCGUGGCGGCCAACAGCCUGGGCCAAUCGCGCAGCGAGCCGCUCUUCCUGCGCGUCCAAUUCGCCCCCGUGUGCCACGAGUCGCAGAAGCUGAUCUACGGAGCGGCCAGGCACGAGCCGCUGCAGGCAAGCUGCAUACGCGCCGUGCCCGUUUCCUUGGCAUCCUUGCAGUGUUCCUACGCGAUGAGUGUCUGCUGCGACUGCCUCGGAAUAACGAAACAAAAGAAGAGGGUGACAUGUGACGUGGACGCGGAUCCUCCGGAAGUGACCUUCCACUGGCACCUAAACCAUUCCAUGGAGACCGCGAUACCACAUAGCAUGCAGGGUGCCACGCGUUCGGUUGCGACAUUCAUCGCUCGCUCCGAGGCCGACUACGGGGCGCUGAGCUGCGAGGCACGAAACUCCGUGGGACCCCAGCGGCGGCCCUGCCUGUUCAGCGUCGUGCCGGCCGGCCCACCCGAGCCGCCGGGUCUCUGCGCACUCGCAAACCAGACCGAAGAGGCGUUCCAGGUCCGCUGUAUCGAGGGCCACCACGGGGGCCUUCCUCAACAUUUCGUCCUCGAGAUCCACGAUAGCGGCGGCCGCUUCCGUGGAAACGUGACCUCCCCCGUGCCAUAUUUCGAGGUGUCGGACCUCCCGUCUGGCAGCGAGUUCGUGCUGGUGGUUUACGCAGCCAACGGUAAGGGUCGCAGUCCGCCAGUGCUGCUCACGGCGGCCACGCUACCGGCUGCGGCCGAAAGUCUUCUGCACCAAGGACCCGAUGCCUCGUGGCAGAUCAAGUUCAGCCCCGUGCUGGCAGUGCUGAUGGCGCUGGUGCUGGGCUUUGCGCUACUCGCCUUCGUGGUGGUGGCUGCCGUGCGCCUUUGGAGCAGGCACAGCUUCCACAAAGACGCUAACGGUGCUCCGUGCCCCGGAGGUAUGAAUGUAGGUGCGGUUUGGCUUGCAGGGAGCAAGAUGCCCAGUCCGGAUGAAAGGUCCUGGAUACCUCCCGCACCGGAUGUAGUUGACAGGAUACAGGUUUCUCCAAAAAAUGAAACCACGGAAAUGGACACGUUCGUGUCGGCCAAGGGGCUGUGCAUGGCGACGCUAGACCAGGACCAGAGCGUCAUCAACACCUUCAUGCAGCGGUGAUCUACGACCGGGCCGCGUUGCGUGCGCCCCACUCUCUCACCUGUACAGCAGAGGCGCUCGCGACCGGCUGCAUUCCUCGUGCAAAAGCACGCCGUCAUCGCCAGGCAAUGUUCACACUGCCUCAUUUCGUCGCGGGAAUGUCUCAACAAUUGUGGUGCUGUUUUUAGUGUAUGAGACCACGUGUGACUGCGUAUGAGGACGUUCGCAAGGUGCAAGAGACGAAGACGGCGCUGCAAAAAACGUCAUCGUGGACUCACGCGCGUGGUGUGACACGCAGGAACACAAACACUCUUGCAGGUCACUCGAGAUUUGGGAACGCUCACCUCGUGCAAGUUUCGUGUCGACUUGCUAGCCGGCUUGGCUCCGUGGACGGUGUCUUGGAACACUGAAUGUAGUACUUUGAAGUGUUUCGGUUGUGUAGCGACCGUGUCCUUGUACCGGCCGGGGCGAAUUGUUUCACGCGUUAUCGCUCUGUCGUAACCGCGAAGGAUGUGAUCUCCCACAAGUGACCGUAAGUUCUGUGCUUCGGGGAACUUGCAGCUGCCUAGUCAAGUGUUAGUCGAAUUAAAGUACCGACAGAAAAAAAAUACGCCUGGGCGCUUCUGCGACGCUGCGAAAGUUUUUUGAUUAUGACAUUGAAAUUUUGGAUCUAUCAGGGACGUCUUUCUGUUUUCCGAGCUGUCUCAGGUCGUCCUGAUUCUUCUCGAUAGUUUUCUGAAAAUUCCAUAGAUUAAUUGGAAGCUCCAUGGAUUCUGUGAAAUAACAGUAAUUGUUUCUGGGAUGUGUUUAAUAGAUUCGCAAAGAAAAGGUACUCGUAAGGUCUGACUUGUACCACACGAUUGCUCACAUUUAUAAUGUAGUUCAUCGAAAUGUGUAUUAAACUGUUGAAUGGCGCAUGCGCCGUGUGUUGACAACAAUUUAAAUUGGCUUGCGGAAAAUGCUCUAUGUGCUUUCUUUAUAACGUGUGUAAGCGUCUCGAUUAGUUUUAUUCUGGGGACAUAACUUGUGUUGUUUCGUAAAUUUGUUCAAGCGAAUAUUCUCGAUCAAAGUGAGCUCUUCGAGCUUUAUGAUGUAAUGGAAUGACAUUUACACUUCCAUAACAUCAGGUAAAAUACGAGAGAAAGUGGCAAAACACGUCAUGAAAAAUUUUCUGUAUCGUACAGGUAAGUUUUCUUUUUGUCUGUGUGAUGUGUAAAUUUCUGUCGUAGAGAUUGAAUGAUCAUGCUUUGAAAUGUUCUGGCACUUUUUAAUAUCAAGUUGCUCGCGUUCCCGCGAUGCAAGUAUUGUCCAUUUUCGAGGUUCCGUGUGUACUAUAUCGCAAUUAGUGCUUGAAGUGGUGCUUUCUGAGUUGUUGUCGGUUGUUUUGUUGAUGUUUGAACUCUCGUUUCAGUAAGAGCAGCAGGCUCCUUGAAACAAGCCACAGCAUAGGCCACGUGUUUGCAAUAACAAAAAGCAUCUAACUAGCGUUUUGGAAAGGCUACAAGCCUGUUAAUUUACGAAAGUUUGUUCGUUACGCUCACAGAGGUUGUUUGGCUGGCUACACACGUAAUGGAACAUUGACGUGCGCACGUGCUGCAAUUAUAGAGUGACUAAGCGUGUUUUAGCCUCUUUGCAACGUAGCAUGAUCUCUAGUAAAAUAAUUCAAGGGGCCUGCUUAAGAUGUAUUUUUCAUUCGACGGAAAUUGCACGCUGAAAUAUUGCGGUCACUGGCCAGUUGUCUAAACAAUAACAAUUAACGGCUUCAGUUGUGCGAUGACUCUAUUUCGAUCAGAUGCUGUUUGAAUUCCACUGCAAAAGAUGACUAAGAUAUAUAGAAGUGUAAAUAAUGUGAAUAAAAGGAUCAUGAAAACCCGAA